UGAAGGCAACCUCGACAGAAACAAUCGCACACGUCCACACACCCACGCGGCGCGCUCGCUACCAUGGAGGAUCUCUUAGUGCUCUUCAAAGGCAACAAAUUGUCGUACAGACCGGGCGACGUCGUGGAAGGAGUUAUUAAAGUCCACGUCACGGCUGCCGUCCCCUUCAAGGCAAUCCGUGUGCGAUGCGUCGGCCGUUGCGACAUUGGGCCGAGGUCGAAGGCCGAGCCGGACGUCAUGGAGCAGUACAUCAACGAGUUCCAAGUGGCCUGGGGAAAAAAGUCGUCUGGUCCGCUGUCAAUCGGAAAGCACUCCUUCCCCUUCAGCUUUAAGCUUCCAGACAACGCUCCGCCCUCGUUUGACGGGAAGCACGGGCGCGUCGGCUACUCGGUGAUGGCCGAGCUCGACAUGCCCUGGUACAAGUCCGACCAGGAGCUGCGCGCCGAAUUCACCGUCGCGCUGCCCGUCGACCUCAACGCCGUCCCCGACGCGGCUUGCGAGAGCCGCUCUAAAGCGAGCAAGCAGGUGAACUACUCGCUGGUGAAGAGUGGCACGCUGUCGCUGGAGUGCGUGGCUGAGAGGAAGGGAUACGUGCCGGGCCAGGUGAUUCAGCUGCUCACCUCCAUCGGCAACCAGACCGGCAAAACCUUCCCUCAGAUCAGCUCAAGCCUCGUGCAGAUGGUGACUUACAGGGGCAAGCGCGACAUCGUGGACCUGACCACGCUCGUCACAAAGGACGGUGGCAGCGUCGGGCCCAAGCAGACAACGCAGUGGAAGGAGCGCUUCUCCGUGCCGGCGUUGCCCUGCUCGGAGUUACCCGGCUGCAAGCUCAUUUCCCUGGAGCACUUUGUGCAGGUCUCCGUCAAGUCGCUGGACCUCACGGUGCGCGUUCCCCUCCUCAUCGGCAACGUCCCCAUCGAAGGCAGCGAGAAGCCGACCCUCCCGGCGGCCGCGCCCGCCCGUCCUGCCGAGGCCGCGCCGCCCUCCGACCCCGUGGCGCCAUCCCAGCCUCUGCAGCCGCAGCCGCAGCCUCUUCCCGAGCCGGACUACCCGACCGCAGCGGAUCCGGCGCCCUCGUUCAAAUCCCCGGAUCCCGACGUGGGCGAGCGGCCCUCGCCCAGCGCGCCCCCCAUGGGGUUCGCCGACUUCCCGCCGGCCUACGGCGACCACCCGCCACCGACGGGGCUCUACCCGGCCCUGCACGGGGCCCCCUUCCCGCAGCUCCCCACGCCGCCCCCCUACUGCCUCUACCCCGACGCGGCGGCCCUCGGAUCGACGGGGCAGUUCGGCUACUCCGACGCGGCCGCGUUCCGCCACGAGGCGCAGCCGUUGCACGCGAAGGCCGCGCCGAUGCCGGCGGCCACGUCCGAAGGGAGCCUCGGGCCCGGCCCCGAACGGCGCGCGAUGCCACCGCGCGGCCUCGGCUCCUCGGCGAUGGCGGCGUCGUCCUCCUUGCCGUCGCUGCCGGCCGUGGUGCCCGCGGGGGGAGAGGACGGCGGAGAGGGGAGCGGGGAGGCGGCGCGGCGAGGGUCCAACAACCGCCUGUCUGGCUGCGUGCCCACGCCGCUGGCCCUCGCCAUGGGAACGGCGCUGCCCUCGGUUCCCGUGCGGAGGCCGUCGUCCGAGGGGGGGGCGGCGUCGUCGUCGGGGGCGCCGAGACCGGCGAGGCCCAAACCACCCGCUCCCCCCCCACACAUGCCGUCGCAGCAAGGCCUGCGUCCAGUCACGGAAGAAGUAAAGGCGAUGAGCGGAAUCGCGGGACUGACAAGAGCUUGA